AAAAUAUUUGCUUGCGAAUAGACUUUUUAUGCUUUCCCACGGGUUAUUCAAAUUAAUGCUAUAAUAUUAUAAUCGGAACCCUGUGCAGUAUAAUUCAUUGAUGGGGACCCUGUGUUAUUGUUAUAUAACAACUGUCCACACGUGACUCCUGUUGGGGAUGCAUUGCAUUGACCCCUAUCCAUUAGCACUAGGCUAGGGAAACACUCGUGCACGGUGUCAUUUGCUGCCAGUCGCCGAAGGAUCCGCUAAAGUUUUUCGAUAGAUUUGUACUAUUUUCCUAUAGAAGUAGACCAUGCCUAGGAAACGCCGACCACCACCACCUCCAAUUCAGCCAGCUAAAAGGCCUAGAUCUGCUCGGCUGCAAGCAAGGAGAACCGGGUUAAUGGUCGACCCUCCACCAGCCGUUAACAACACGGAGGAAAUUGUCGCACCACCAUCAGCCGUAAAUAACAGAGAGCCAACGGUCAUACCACCACACGCAACCUUGUCACCAGACACGUUGGAGAUGAUCAUUUCAACGGUCACAACCAGGGUCACAGAUGCCCUUAUACCUCUCCUCCCACAGCGGGUUCCUGCUGAAGAAGCUAAUACACCAGUGGAGGUUCCACCCCAAACGCGCACCGAUGCAUUGGUGGAGUCAGCCAUCGCCAACGUUCGGGGCCUGCUCUCAGGUGAGAAGGACCCUCCACCACCCCCUACACAUGACCUUCAGACAGUUCAAUUUUCGCUCGACACAAGAGUUUCCACAAAGACAAAGGCGAAGAUUUGGGAUAAUGAAUUUUUAGAGUUUGGUAUUCUAUAAAGCAAUCCCUGGUCAGAGGACAAAUAUCAGUUAAGUGUCUCAUCAGGUAGUGGGGGCCGGCAGCCCUCAAUUUGUCUAGAGCCCACUACUCGGCCUAAACGGAAUCUGACUAUGGAGAUGUGGGCAUCAGCCUUCAGAAUUUUUGUGGCGGUUUAUACCCAGAAAUAUCCCAAUGAGGCCCCAGCCCUCAUGAAAUAUGGGGAAACGAUCCAUGAUUUGGCUAAUCGUGGCCACAAUUGGCGUUAUUAUGAUGAAACAUUCCGUACGCUGCGCCAGGUAAACCCCUCCCUGUUCCCAUGGGCCAAUAUCCAUUCCGAAUUGUGGCUUCGGUCACAUGUUUCGGUAACUAAACCUGCCAGUACCGGAAGAAUUCCAAACAAAUCACACCAGGCUAUCCCAAAAGGUUUCUGUUACCGUUUCCACAGUGGCAAGGCAUGUUCGGGUUGCGACUUCAAGCAUGCAUGUUAUCUCUGCAGUGCUGGUAGCCACCCUGCCACUAAAUGUUUUCGUCCCCAACGGCAACAACCGGGAGGACAAUCGGAACAUGCCAGGCCCCAAUCUUCCAACCCCGGUAAAAAGUGAACGUUUUUUACAUUUACUUUCUGGGUAUGAACCAGCCAUUUUUGCUUAUCUGUCUAAGGGUUUCAAUUCAGGUUUUUCCUUGCAUUUUGAAGGCACAUUAGAACCCCUUGAAUCUCAGAACCUGCUUUCGGCUUCUGAACAUCCUGAAAUUGUUGAUGCCAAGGUCUUCAAAGAGCUGGAGGCCCAUAGGCUUGCAGGUCCCUUUGCAAUCCCACCAUUUUCACCCUUUCGGGUAUCUCCGUUGGGGGUUGUACCUAAGAAAACACCCGGUGAAUUUAGGCUUAUACAUCAUCUUUCUUUCCCUAAAGGGAUUUCUAUCAAUGAUGGCAUAAUGCCAGCUAAUACAAGCGUCCGUUAUGCCACUAUCGAGGACGCAAUUCGAUUUAUUCGGCAUAAUGGUACCAGCUGUUAUCUUGCUAAGACUGACAUAAAGAAUGCAUUUCGCAUAAUUCCUAUCGAUCCUAAGGACUACCCCUUGUUGGGUUUUAAAUGGAGAGACUCUUACUAUUAUGAUCGAUGCAUGCCUAUGGGUUGUUCCAGCUCCUGUAAAACGUUUGAAACCUUUAGUACGGCUGUGGAAUGGAUAGCUAGGAACAAAUUACAUAUACAUUCAAUCCUCCACCUUCUUGAUGACUUUUUGAUCAUAGCCCCUACCGAAGAUCUAUGUAGGGCGCAACUACAACUUUUUCUGGACCUAUGUAACUAUCUGGGUAUUCCCAUAGCACCAGAGAAAACAAUGGGACCUGCCACUACUUUGCAGUUUGCGGGUAUUGAACUUGAUACCCAAAUGUUAGUGGCUCGCCUACCACAAGACAAAAUUGACAAGUCUAUACAGCUGAUUACUAGUUUUUUGCGCAGAAAGAAGGUGUCCCUCCAGGAGUUACAGUCGCUAAUUGGAAUGCUAAAUUUCGCAUGUUCUGUUGUCAUGCCUGGCAGGGCCUUUCUGAGGCGGCUGAUAGAUCUCACUAUUAAUGUUAGGGCCCCUCACCACAAGAUCAGACUAAAUAUAAGUGCCGAGGAGGACUUAAAAAUUUGGCUGUCUUUUCUUCAGAACUUCAAUUGCAAGUCAUUUUUCCUUGACGAGCACUGGGUGAGCUCACCUAAACUUCGGCUCUUUACUGAUGCUGCAGGCUCUCUGGGUUAUGGGGCAGUUUUUGGUGACGAAUGGUGCUAUGGGCAAUGGCCCGAUACAUGGGUAGGAAAGAACAUCGCUAUUCUGGAAUUCUAUCCCAUUGUCCUUAGUGUACAUUUAUGGGGGCAUAGAAUGACCAACCAGUGCAUUUUAUUUUUUACUGAUAACGAAGCAUUGGUUUACGUGAUCAAUAAACAGAGCUGCCGGGAUAAAUCUCUAAUGUUUUUUGUCCGCCACUUGGUCGCCCUUUGUCUUAAACAUAAUAUUCUUUUCAGAGCAAAGCAUAUACCAGGUGUGCAUAACAUUUUAGCAGAUUCUUUAUCUCGUCUCCAGCUUCAGGUUUUCAAAGAAAAAGCCCCAGCAACAAUGCAUUCCAACCCGACGGAAAUUCCGUUGUCUCUGUUGCCACAACAUUGGGGCCCAUAGUUGAAACACUCAUGGCUUCAAGCCUUCAGCAAUCAUCCAUCCCUACCUAUAGACGGGCUUGGCGUUUAUUUAACCAGUUCCUCAGCGCUACCUUCCAGAAUUGUGCUGUACAGCUGCCCAUAUCGCCAAGUAUGGUAGCUCUUUUUAUUGCAUAUUUAUUCGAUCAUCACUAUGCCCCUUCAACUGUUCACACUUAUGUAUCUGCGCUGGGCUAUUCACAUCGUUUAUCUAAUCUUCCUGAUCCAACUAAGGUUUUUUAUGUGAUCCAGAUACUCAAAGGCUAUAGCAAAAUUGGUUUUAAACUUGAUACUCGGCUUCCCAUCACCUUGCCAAUACUACAACGUUUGGUUACAGCAGCUCCUGUUAUUUGUUCCACGAAAUUUGAAUCAUGUCUUUUUCAAUCAAUGUGCUGUUUUGCCUUUUAUGCUUUCUUACGAGUUGGGGAAAUGACUCAAUCCAGUCAUACUCAGAAUACAGGAAGUCUGUUAACAAUUUUUCAACUAUCCCAACUCAAAGCGGAGACCGGUGUGGUUAAAGCUCUGAAAUUGACUUUUCAUAAUUUUAAACACAGCUACAAUCAGCGUCCCUUCUCCCUGAUAAUUCAGCGCCAGAACAGCCCUUGUCCAGUUAAUUUACUGCUGCAGUACUUAGUUUUGAGGGGUACACAUGCGGGCCCCCUAUUUUUGGACAGUUUUGGUAAUGCUGUUACUAGAGAUAAAUUCACUAACUUGCUGUCACUUGCUAUAAGACAUUCAGGUCUUAAUCCAUCAUUUUAUAAAGGGCACAGCUUUCGGAUUGGAGCUGCAUCUCAUGCGGCAGCGCAAGGGUUAUCUGAUGCACAGAUCAGGAUUAUGGGACGCUGGAAAUCUAAUGCCUUUCAGAAGUACAUACGGGUCAAUAGUCUUGUGAAUUAGUACAAUUUUUUCCUUUUAGAACUGGUCGAUUGCUGGGGAAUCCAUUGGUUCUCGAAGGCAUAUGAUGUGUACUGUAUACACUCCACUACUUGCAAGGGCGAUAGAUUGAGUGUGUGCAGUACAUCUCAUAUGUAGCAACUUGCAUAGUAGUGUAUUUCUUGCCCAUCCUUGAGUUUAGGUUGAGCUACAAUCCAGACAAGGCAACUGCUUACAAGGGUAGCAGUUUGCUUGAAUCCAUUUAACUUAAAUUGUUCUCUUUUCUUGCAUAGUACUGGCAAUCACUUGCAUGGGCGGUGUCUUUGCGGUACAAUUGCUUUGUUAGUAGCUUGUUCAUAAGGGCGAAAGUCUGCCGCCUUUAUCAAAUUGGCAUUUACUUUUCUCCUGUCACAAUACAGGAAACAUUUGCAUGGGCUGUGUCCUUGUUGUGUUGUGAUUGGAUAAUUGACAAAGCAUUUUGUUUUUGCUUUAAGUAGCAACACUAUGCGAAGGUAUGAUUGUAGCUUAUAUGUGCUAUCGUUCUCGAGUGCUGCUUUUUCCCUUGGGUGGGGCUGCAUUGUGGAUUAUCACCCACCAUGCAUUUGGCGUUGUUUGCCCUCACCUUUACUGGGCAAUUUUUAGAUUUAUCAGAGCAAAUUAUAUAUUUUGACAAAUUUUAUUAAUAAAGCGGCUUUGGGCUAACAGCCCAUAGCCAUUAUGAUUCAAACACUGUCUUGUUUUGUAUCCAUGCCCAGUAAACAAAGCGCGGGUUAAAGCAGCUCUCGUUCUAUGGAAGCUAAGUGGGGAAGGCAUAAAGAAAAUAUUUGCUUGCGAAUAGACUUUUUAUGCUUUCCCACGGGUUAUUCAAAUUAAUGCUAUAAUAUUAUAAUCGGAACCCUGUGCAGUAUAAUUCAUUGAUGGGGACCCUGUGUUAUUGUUAUAUAACAACUGUCCACACGUGACUCCUGUUGGGGAUGCAUUGCAUUGACCCCUAUCCAUUAGCACUAGGCUAGGGAAACACUCGUGCACGGUGUCAUUUGCUGCCAGUCGCCGAAGGAUCCGCUAACGUUUUUCCCCUCCCUACCCUCCCAGGAGUCCUGUUUGGCGUUGUUUGCCCUCACCUUUACUGGGCAAUUUUUAGAUUUAUCAGAGCAAAUUAUAUAUUUUGACAAAUUUUAUUAAUAAAGCGGCUUUGGGCUAACAGCCCAUAGCCAUUAUGAUUCAAA